CACAAGGACAGAGAAAAGGGAAACGUGUUUCAAGGAAACUGACACUGACAAACAUCCCUAGGAUGUUGUGCGUGCGUGUGUGCCUGCGUAUGGUUUCCUGCUCUCCAGAUUCUCUUCCCUAAACUGACACCCACUUAACUGUCACACACACACACACUGACAGGCAGAGAUAGAAGGGGUGGGAGAGAGUGUGUGUGUGUGGGGGGAGAGAAAUAUAGAGACGGUAUGAGAGAUAUAUUAUUAGAUAUACGAAGAAAAACGGAGGGCAUCACUGGAAAUUCCAAAUAAGCGAUGCGUGUCGACGCGCCCACACACACACACACACACACACGUACUGUGAGAGUGACGUACUGGUACUGGUACUUUGGUACUUCACACUUCUGACUUGAUAGUUUUACUUUCACUUAACGGUAACUGAACCACCGCGCGAUCUGAGCGCAUUCUUGACACCGCCCCGCACCAGGACCAGCUCGACCGCAGGUCACCGUUAUCUUUAGUAGAACAUGUCUGCCUCCAAUCUCGGUGGAAUUUUCGUCCUUCUUUCAUUCUCAGUGUUUCAAUGUUUUGCCUUAAACGAUCCAGCCUGUGCAGGCCUGAUGCAGAUCAGCCCCUCCAGGCUGGUGGUGAGGUACGGAGACCCAGCCUCGGCCCUCUGCACCAUCACCCAGGACCCCAAAGAACCAGACCUGUUCAGCUGGGAGGCUUCUAUAGGCGACGUGCGGAUCCCUGGGCCCAGAAACAAGACCUUGCAGGUGGACAGGGUUGACCAGUGGGACACGGCACCUCUGUGUUACAGCACCUUCCUCAUGAAGAGCGAGGAGUUACAGUGUAAAACACGGCUGAACGUGACUGUGUACCAGCCUCCAGACAGCAUCCGGCUGCUAGCAGAGAUGACAGGAGACAUGGUUGAGGGUAGUGAGUACACGGUUAACUGCUCUGUAGAGAACGUUGCUCCCAUCCAGAAGCUCAAGGUACGGUUCUACAGAGGAGACACCCUGCUGAGCACCCAGGUGCAUCCUGAAACCACAGAGCUCAAGCCACAGAGCGCAGCCUUCCGUCUGGACGUGAUGGCCAGGGAGGAGGACGAUGGCUCGGAGGUGUGGUGUGAGGCCAGCCUGGACCUGGAGAACACGCCCGUGAACAAGUCUGCACGAGUCAGGACCAGUGUGCUCUUGGACUGGCUCCCCAUCAUUGCAGGGCUGGUGGGGGCGGUGAUAUUUGUUGUCAUAGACGAGGCUUAG